AUGUGGCAGAGCGUGGGGCUCACGCUCCUGGUCAUAGUGGCCACACUGGUCUGUGCUCUGCUCUUCAUGGUCCUUGGCUGGUUUGUGGUGUGGCGGCUCUUCUUGUCCAAGUUCAAGUUUCUCCGUGAACUCGUGGGAGAAGCAACAACACCUCAGCCUCCAGAGACCCUAGAGUCCAGGACCAUCUCAGAGGCCAGGACCGAGACCAGGACCAUCCCAGACCCUCUGACCCCUGACACUAGCCCUCUGACCCCUGACCCUAGCCCUCUGACCCCUGACACUAGCCCUCUGACCCCUGACCCUAGCCCUCUGACCCCUGACACUAGCCCUCUGACCCCUGACCCUUGCCCUCUGACCCGGGGAGAGAUGUGUGUCCUCCUGGAGAGACAGUCCUCGAGACAGCUGUACCUCUGCUACUUUAUGUCAGAGACCGCUGUACCUAUGAGGAAGACCAAGGAGAUGAACCACCUCCUCAUCAACAGGAGACCAAAGAGAUGA